AUGAAUUUCUUUAUUGGAUUUGCAGAGUCGGAAGAUGAGGAUGAAAACAGGGAAUCAAAGAGGAUUGGAGAAUUGGAAUGGGAAAUGCACAGAGAGAUCAAUGAUGAAGAACUCGGAAAACUGUAAGUUGUUUGACUAACUUUACAGUACGAAAUUAGAGAACGAUGCCAAAAUACUCAUUAGCUUGACUAUCCAAAAUAUUCUGAUGAUAACAGCGUUGUUACAAAAACUUCAAAGGUAGAAAACAACAACCAUUGUAAAGUAUGUUUUCCGAUGUACAGUAACAGAACUGUCAGGGAAUGUUUUCUGCGCUGAAUAAAUUUAACGAAAAAUCCUCCUAAGGUUAAAGAAUGACCAAUCACAUUUUCCAGUCGAGAGGUAGUCCCAGCUUAACCUCUUAAUUCCCAUGAGUGACCAAGAAAGAAUUUCUCCUUACAAUAUCUACACAAUAUCAAGCAGACAAGUGAUGAGAAUGAAGUAAAAUGUCAAUUGGGAGAUUAUAGUCGAUCAAAUACCAAAUUUUCCGAGCUGACAUCAUGAGAAUUGGUUGGCAGACAGUACGGAGAUUUACUAAUCAGAUCUGGGGGUGAAAAGGUUAAAUUGAUUGAACGGCUGUUAUUCGAGAGCUAGUGAACCAGUUAAAAGGUCAUUUCAAAUAAAACAAGUUCCUAGACAGAUAAUUAGUCCCUAAAUUUUGUAAAUAUUUUCAAGUCAAACAUUUAAGACAAGUCACUGAAAACCGUUUCAACUCAGAAAAUUUACUUUCUUAACCAUUCACAGAACUCUUUGGAUAUCAGGUAGUCUCAGAUCGACUGGGUUAAUGUAGUUCUCUCUUAAGAUAAAGUCUUUUAAGUGAGAGAUCACAUAGUUACAAAACGAACAUAUUUAAUUUUCUUUGAAGAGCUUUUAACAGAUAAUGAAAACUACCAAAAGAUUUACCAACUUAAAAUAUCAACUGCCUAUUGCUAUGAUUGGUUUUAUUAUGUGUUGAACAUAAGUUAUUUUCAUAUCACUUGAACUCAAUAACACUCAACCGUGAUGGGUAAGCUAAAUAUUAAUAAACAAAUGGCUGUGACGAAUGAAUUUAAACGCCGUAUGGUUCUCAAACGUAAACAUUGUUGGUAUGCACAAAAUAGUUACCGUGAUUUUUUUUUCUUUGUUGCCGAAGAUCAUUCCCGUUGUCACAACUCUAAUAUUAAAAAAUUAAUUAAAAGUUAUACGCCUUCACAUUAUCGAAGAGAAGUUUCUGGCUUGUGAGCUAAUUCGGAGAAUCAUGUGAAUUUGUUCGUAAUUUGUUUACUGCGUUGAUUGAAUCAAGUUGAAGGCAUGUGACUGGACGUGUGACUAAGGGAAAUCAUUCGCUUGAGAUUCGUAGUGUUCUCGAAAACAAUGAGUUGUUGACAACAACAUUAUUUCUCAUUUUAGUAUUGUUUACCAUCCCUUAAAAAUAGCUCCGGCCAUCCGAUGGAAUAUGCUUUUACACAAAUGUUUUGGCCGUUACCGGCUAUACGUUAUGGCUAUUCAUGAAUGUCUUCUGCGAUUGUCUCAAUUUGUCCGGCACUGGGUAACAUAUUUUGUGCUUCUUCAUGCCACAAACAUCAUUAAAAGUAAACUCUCCACAUGGAAAAAGUAAUUUGAGCGUCUGCUUUAAAUCCUUGCAACUCGUUCGCCGCCAAAUGUUUCAACUUUGUUUUUUCUGAUCAGGAAGUUGAUAAUUAUAAACAUCGAUACGAGCUUCGGUUUUUACUUCAAGAAUGAGAGUACAUUGACUGAGUAAUGAUUACUCUAGCUUUACGUUCAGUUAACAUGCGUGCUGCACACGAGGUUACACGCUAGUGUGCUGUGUCCGCUCGCACGCUAGCUUUUGUAUUCGAAGGUUAACACGCUUUGCGUGUUUGCCUGCUCGUGCUUCAUUUUUCAACAGCGCACGCUGUAUUGUUUGUAGGGUAUUAUAUGAAACAAAAGCAUAUGCACAUUUAAGUGUGCUCUAGCGUACUCAGCAAGCGUGUUCGAGCCAGUUUCUUUUUUUAAGUAGAAGUGUGUUGUGAGCAUGCUAUUACCUUUGUCCCUAUACUCAUAUGGAGGGUCAUUUCAUUGAAGGUAUCCAUUGUCGCAUAUAACUUCUCUCUUCUCUCUCUUUGUUUUUAUCCGAAGAGUUUUUGCGGUUUGUUUAGAGAAAGUACUUAGCUGAUGAAAGCGGAUUUUUCUAACCAACAAAUGCAAACACGUCCUCCUCUAACAAUGGAUAUAAUACUUACACUGUAGGAGCAUACUUGUUACAUUAAACUGUUGCUAAGAAAAAUUUAGUCUAAAUAGUUUAAAGAGGCCGGGAAUGCAAAACAACAGACUGAGUCGAAAAAGCAGAACAAUACCUUUUAGCUCUAAAGAUAAAUUUUACAAUUUUAUGCAUUGAGAAUGUAACUUUUCAUUCCAAGGCAGCCACUGUUUCGAGUAAUGCAUUUUUUCAUCAAAGGAAAUAAAAACGUUGCAGCAAGGCAUGAGUGCACUGCUAAAUAAAGCGAAGGAAUGUAAUCGACAUCCAAUAUUUUUUUAGGAUUUUUUGCGAACAAGACUCAUUUCCUUCAAUAUUUUUCCUACAUAUAGAAGAAUUUUGUUAAAUUACUAAUGCAUUCCUAUAAAUCUCUAAGGUCCCGAAGUGCACAAGCUUUCCACCCCUAAUGAUGGGUGGAAAGUAUUUACCUCAUUUAUCUUUGUAUUUUACAGCAAUUGAGAGAAGAAUUGUAGUGUUAAGAACCAUUUCUUUAAAUUUGGUGUCGAAAGGGGUACGGUGUCUAGCUUUGCAACAGAAGUGGCCAGUGAUAAAAUCCGAAUAGUAACCGAAUAGUCGCGAAUUGUGACAAAUAGUGAAAAUAAAUGAAUUUAUAAUGAAAUAAAAAUAUUUAUUGCCCUAUUUCAUAGAUUUAUUGGAUUCAAAUGUGUGUAUAUAACGAUUAUAUGACAAAAAAGAUAUAGGGUAACAUAUGGACUAGAUCAUUGGACCCUUGGACUAUUUUUUGGAGCAUUUCUUGGAGCAUUUUUUGGACUAUUUUUUUUGGACCAUUUUAUCGGGGGGGGGGGGGGGAAGGCAGACCAUUAGUACUUUAACUUUUUGUCAUGUGAAUGCGAAGUUGGCACCUAAACACUGGACUAUAAUCGUUAUAGAAAAUAUCGCCAACUCCUGUUUUCGAUCCUCCUCUGUGAAGUCAUGUGUUUGCCUGUUUACUCGACUUGUGCCAGUGCUAAAUGAUACUCACAGGUUAGUAUGAAUCAUAUUUCAGUAACCUCACGUUUUCCUUUUUGUAUGUGCCAAAAAAAAGCGAGGAAAAAGCGCGAUGGUUUUAUAAGUGGUUUCACAUCAUGGAGUGUAAUCCAGCUGUCAAUGAAACUCUCUUGACUUAUCCAAGCUCCAGAUAAUAAAAUUUCCCGGGAAGAAUCGGUCACAUUUACUGACUUCUACGUUUUGCCGACGGAAAAUAUCGGCAAACAACAGUAGCCACCAUAGUUCUACUUCGCAGCUUUCGUUGGUUUUUGGGCAAGAAGUGAUUGGUAGGGGCCCAGGCAAAUUGGAAAACAAACCUUGGGGAGUCGUGAGGAAUCCCGGUGUCGGUGAUUAACUCGUUUGUUUGCGAAUCAGAUAAGUAGUACCUCUGUUUUAUUUAUUUCAGAAUGAUAGCAUACAUGUUUGAAACACAAUUUAUAUGUUACCCUAUGCCUUUUUUGUCAAACAAUCAGUAUGUAUACACAUUUGAAUCAUAUAAAUCUACAAAACAGGGCAAUGAAUAUUUUUAUUUCAUUAUCAAUUCAUUUAUUUUUACUAAUCACCACUAUUCGCCACUAUUCGUCACUAUUCGUCACUGUUCGCGACUUUUCGCACUAUUUGGUCGCUAUUCGGGUUUUCUCACUAGCCAACAAAAGUUCGUUUGAGAGAGAUAACGGUGUGUUUGUUUUCGGAUUAUACAUUUUACCCCCAAAGAAUUUACCAAUAUGGGUCAAUAGAAUUUUUAAUUUCUGAGCAGAGCCUUCGUCCUUUGUACGAGAAAAAAUUUUUCUCUAUUAAAGGGGCUUUUUGUGAUCAAGAAGGACAGGUUUUUAACUCAAACACGGAAUUUCUAAACAUACGUGUCAUUUGAAAUUUUAAGUAUUUAACUAGCUGUAGCUUAAAACCGUUGUCAAACAAAUGUAUCCAUAAAUCAGAAAACAUUUUAAACGAGGGUCAAGAUUAGAACCAAAAAACUCCUGUUACAGAAUGUUUAGUUUGUUGCGUUUGUGUUUGUUUUCUAUGGCGAGAUCUAUGUUAAGAAUAUGUAGUGUGUUCGUUUCUGUUCCCAUGACAUUCCACUCCUUCGUACUAAGUGCGUCGUCGCUUUCGUUUAGCCUUCUGCUUGCCAGGUGAUGAUUUUGUGACGAUAGGGUUUUUCUCCCAAACUGGGGAGCUGACUCUUCGCGGACGGCACAAUAACAACUGGGGGGAAUAACUCUGUAGAGACGACUUGGCAGCGAGAACGGAAACUCGUCACGAUUUCCUGGUACACGGAGAUCUGCUUCGAGCGAGCUUAUACGGACGUCAAGGAUAAGACAAUCUUUGGUUCCACAGUACUUUUAUUCUAGGUCAGGCCAACAAGCGACAUGACCUCUAGCAUAUUCUAGUUUGUAAUCAUCAAAGCUGUACAAGGUACUUGCUUAAGAAGUAACUGGUGCGAAGUGCUAUUGUUACACAAAUCGCAAUAUUUGAAUAAGGACACAAAGGAGCGGAAAAAGUCUCUUUGAAGUUAAACGAAAACUACUUAAUUAUUCCAUCUGUUUCUACGACGGAAAUAAUCUCAAAAUUAAAAAGACGGAUGCAAUAAACUCUAGGCCAUUAAAGUAGGAAACCUAGGUGCGAAUUUACAGCUCUGGUAUAGAAAACAAUACCUAUCUUAAUUGCAGCAGCGCAGCUCAGGAAAUAAAAAAACGAAAAAGCAAUUAAAAGUUUCUGCUUAUUUGCGCAAGAUUGGUUUGGAAACCAUCGCAUGAAAAGAAAUUAAAUUUACGCGUUUAAACUCAGCUGCUAUCUACCAUGAAAACCAAUGUUUCCAGAAAGACCAUUAACACUUAUAUUUACCUAAAAAAAAACAAUGCAAUAAAUAACAAAAGUGCCGACAAGUAGGUACAUAUGAUGAAAGCGAGUAACAACAAAAAUCUAUUCAAAAGCUACUGUGGUUUUUAUGCAUAUUUUUGAUUUAUUGAAAUGAAAGGACUUGAAAUGGUUAAAUGUAAAAGUUUACGAAUAAAUAUGCUUCGAAUAACACACACGGGAAAAUCAGUAAAUUUUCCCGUAACAAUUUGUAGGACGUUGUCACGUUCUCUUUGCAAACUGCUGUCUUCACAGCGCAGAGGCGAUUUUCCAGGUAAAUGUUCUCCAUCAAAGCAUGAAGUAUAUUAUCACCUUCCUGAAGUGACUGCCUGUUUAAAGACUCGAUAGGAUUGGUAGUGCUUGGUCCCUGUUCCCAAUCCUUGUCGUCCAUUUCCUUAAAAGCCCUUGUAAACAUGAUCAGGUGAUUUACAAGGAACCACCAUUUACUCCAAUGCUCUAGCUUCGUCUAGUCUUUGUUGUGGAUGGUGUCAAAUUCCGAGACCAACAAAUUGCCUUCCUUCUUGUAAUUGUCUGGUGCCAGAGAGCGCAUCGAAAAGCAACAAAACAUUUCUUUUUCGCACUCGUCUUCGAUUUUGCUUGCUAGGGCUUUUAAUAUGCGAACUUCAGUGUCAUUUAACUGAUCGCUGCCAGUGAACCUUGCAUCUCCCGGUCACUUUCCGGGAAAGGUCUUCACCCAGACACUGUUGAAUUCCUUUGUAUUGUCCAUCAUCAAAGUCAACCAAGAUAGAUUUCAAAUUCAUGCCAUUUGCAAAGCGGGCAUGAUCAAACGUCACUUUUUUUUUAAAAUCGUGGCGAUGGACUUAGAGUAACUCUCACUGUCUUGCCUACUACGUAUAACUCUUGCUACCGCAUUAUAGACGCACGUUUCGUCGUUAAAAGAAACAACGUUUAGGAGGUAUGGGAAGAAGUCAUUACCAGUAGAAGUACCGUCCAUGAAUAAAUCCUCUGUUGUACUCAACAGUGCAGAUUGAAAUGGAGCCAUGAAGAAGGCAUACUUUCUGCAAGAAGUAAAGAGGUACUCGCUCCCUUUCAUCUGAUAUUGACCCAUCAUCUGGUUGACUUAUUCAAUCAUCAUACAAAUGGUUGCUUUUCACUUUUUCCGAAUUUUAUCGAAUCGGAGCACCUCGUCGAGUGGGCGUAGCUCUCUGUAAACAGACGUCCAUUUGCCAAGGGCUAUCUUCUCUCUUUUUUAAACGCAGUCGGCAUUUGCUGCAGGCGAACUAGCUUCGGCUGGGACGUAACCAAUUCAAGGCCCUUCACACUGUCUUUUGUUUUUUUUUAGCUGUCAUCGGAAACAACUCUUUGGAUGUCUUCUUUCACUUUACUUGAUAUGCUGUGUGGAGCUGGUUUGUUGUGAUUGUGUCGAGUUACCGGUACAAGACCAACCAUCGCCUUCCAUCGUCAUUGCAGGGCCAUAUGUAGACCAUAUGCAAACUACAUGGUGCAGAUGAAAGAA